AUGCCCAACUCGAAGAACCACCCCCUGGUUUCCCACCAACCGAUCAAGCUGUUAUUUCAGCUGACUUACCUUGGCACGGUCGUCGCCCGUCUCCCCAUCUGGAUCAUCGCCUCUUUGGUCCCUGCCCUCAGACCGCACCCAGAAUGGACGGCGAAGCAAACGUUCCUGGCCCGAGUCGCCCAUGUCGUCACAGACCUGGACUCUCGCAUUGGUAUCACGCAGACGCUAUCCCUCGAGCCUCAGAAGGAAGGCAGUCGAUUCCGGCUCGUCAAACCGCUGCCUCGAGAGUUCUUCAGUGGGCCCCUCGAGUCUGACAUCGAGCCUGAGACUGUUGGAGGCACUUGGUAUCCAGAAGCACCCUCAGCUCCUGAGAUAGCGUCCAAGACCGUUAUCCUUCACCUUCAUGGUGGUGCCUUCGUCCUAGGAGACGGCCGCACCGAAUUCAGCGGAUUCACGGGGAAGAACUUCGUUGAGCAAGAGGGCCUCGACUAUGUCUUUAUGCCUCAGUAUCGCUUAUCAGGCUACCGGGGUGUCAACCCUUUCCCCGCAGCCUUGCAGGACUGCUUUGCUGCCUAUAUGUAUCUUCUCAACGACCUCAAGAUACCCUCGAAUCAUAUCACUCUCUCUGGAGAUAGCGCCGGCGGCAAUCUUGUCAUCGCUAUGUUGAGAUACAUCGAGGAGCGCGGAGACAGACUCAAAAUCCCCAGGCCUCGGGCCAUCGCUUUGCUGUCGCCAUGGGUCUCACCCAUGGAGUUCGAUAUCGCUGAUAAGCCUAACCGGGCGGUGGACUACACGCCCACCUCAUUUUUGCGCUGGGGAGCUGAGACUUACCCCGGACAUGUGUCACACGCCAGAUCGCACCCUUACAUCACGCCUUUGGGCAAUCCUUUUGCGACCUGGGUGCCUAUCUUUGUCAAUACUGGGUCUGCCGAAGUAUUCCUGGACGACAACACGCGUUGGGUGGAUGAGAUGAAGAAGGUUGAAGGCAACAGCGUUGAACUACACCUUGAAAAUGCUGCUGUUCACGAUACUUUCUUGAUCGGCGAGCGGCUCGGGUUUGAUGCAAGCGCCCGUGAUGUGGCUUCAGUCUUGAGAGAUUUCGUACGCAAGGCUUAG